UGGCUGCUCGGGAGGGGCCUGGGCGGCCACCGCGGGUUUCCCUGUGAGGUGGGCUGUGAUGGAGCCCUCCGCGGGCAGCGAGGAGGACAGUGGGGGAGACGCGGCCUCAGCGCCAGGUUCGAAUAGGAUUCCGGUGCCCAGACCGCCCUCCAUAGAGGAAUUCAACAUAGUGAAGCCCAUUAGCCGUGGCGCCUUCGGGAAGGUGUACCUGGGGCAGAAAGGAGGCAAGUUGUACGCGGUGAAGGUUGUCAAAAAAGCAGAUAUGAUCAACAAAAAUAUGACUCAUCAGAUACAAGCUGAAAGAGAUGCGCUGGCACUAAGCAAAAGUCCUUUUAUUGUCCAUUUGUACUAUUCGUUGCAAUCAGCAAGCAAUAUCUACUUGGUAAUGGAAUAUCUUAUUGGUGGAGAUGUCAAGUCUCUCCUACAUAUAUAUGGUUAUUUUGAUGAAGACAUGGCUUUGAAAUACAUAUCUGAAGUAGCACUGGCUCUAGACUACCUUCAUAGACAUGGAAUCAUCCAUAGGGAUUUGAAACCAGAUAAUAUGCUUAUUUCUAAUGAAGGUCAUAUUAAACUAACAGAUUUUGGCCUUUCCAAAGUUACUUUGAAUAGAGAUAUUAAUAUGAUGGAUAUCCUUACAACACCAUCAAUGGCUAAACCAAGGCAAGAUUAUUCAAGAACCCCUGGACAAAUACUGUCUCUCAUUAGUUCUUUGGGAUUUUUCACACCAAUUGCAGAAAAAAAUCAAGACUCUGCAAAUAUUCUUUCAACCCAUGUAUCUGAAACAUCGCAGCUUUCUCAAGGACUAAUUUGUCCUAUGUCUGUCGAUCAAAAGGUCACUACUCCUUUUUCUAGCAAAUUACUGAAGUCAUGUCUUGAAACAGUUGCCUCAAACCCUGGAAUGCCUGUGAAAUGUCUAACUUCUAAUCUACUCCAGUCUAGGAAAAGAUUGGCUACAUCAAGUGCCAGCAGUCAGUCCCACACCUUUAUAUCCAGUGUGGAAUCUGAAUGCCACAGCAGUCCCAGAUGGGAAAAGGAUGGCCAGGAAAGUGAUGAUGCAUUGGGUUCUACAGUGAUGAGUUGGAAUACAGUUGAAAAGCCUUUGUGUAUAAAAUCUACAAAUUCCAUUGAGACCAAAAGUUUCAAUGAAACAGAUCCUGAGUUAGUACUUUCUCCCAUUCAUAAUAGUACUGCCAUUCCUGCCACUGGAAGCUCUUGUGAAAACCUUUCUAAAAACUGCUUGUCUGAGGAAGUUUCUUGGGAAAAAAGGGAACUGGAUCUAAGUAACAUGGUCACUGACACGAGACAGUCUGAUUUUCAUCAGUCAAAUCGGUGGGCUAUGGAUACCAGUGAUAUGUCUGAAGAGCACCUUGGGAAAAAAAGUUUUAAAAGAAAUUUUGAGUUGGUUGACUCCAGCCCUUGUCAGGAAAUUAUACAGAAUAAAAAAAAUUGUGUAGACUGUAAGCGUAGUAAUGAAAUAAGAGAUUGUGAUACAAAUCGAAGUACAGGCUUAACAACUGAAAUCCAGGAUCUUAAGUUAUCAGCAAAUAGAAGUCAGCAAAAUGACUGUGCUAGUAAGAACAUGGCCAGUUCUUUUACUGAUAAACAACAAACACCAGAAAAAUCACCUAUCCCAAUGAUAGCAAAAAAUCUGAUGUGUGAACUGGAUGAAGAUUGUGACAAAAAUAAUAAGGACUACUUAAGUUCUAGUUUUCUUUGUUCUAAUGAUGAUAGACCUCCUAAAACUAAUUCUAUGGACUCUGAUCCACCUUUUCCUGGAAAUUUUGUAAUGGAGAGUCCGUUGGAAAGUCAGUUGUUAGAGCCAGAUAAAAGCAUCAAGGAGUCCUCUUUUGAAAGAUCAAAUAUUGAAGACCUACUUACUGUAUCACCCGGCAGCCAAGAAAACACCUUACCAAAAGAAGAUGAGAAUCUCACUGUGCAGGACAGUAACCAAAAAAUGUUAGCUCCUUCUUUGGAGGUGCUGAAAACAUUAACUUCCUCUAAAAGAAAUGCUGUAGCUUUUCGAAGUUUUAACAGUCACAUUAGCCUAUCCAAUAACUCAGAACCAUCCAAAAUGAGUGUUUCUUCCUUAGAUGCAAUGGAUGUUUCCUUUGCUUAUAAUGGUUCAUAUCCCAUGGCUAUAACCCCGACUCAAAAAGGAAGAUCUUGUAUUCCAUAUCAGCAGACCCCACAACAAGUCAAGUCAGGGACUCCAUACCGAACUCCAAAGAGUGUGAGAAGAGGGGCAGCCCCAGUGGAUGAUGGGCGAAUUCUAGGAACCCCAGACUAUCUUGCACCUGAGCUGUUGUUGGGCAGAGCCCAUGGGUGUCUUAACUCAGGACCUGCGGUAGACUGGUGGGCACUUGGAGUUUGCUUAUUUGAGUUUCUGACAGGAAUUCCCCCUUUUAAUGAUGAAACACCACAACAAGUGUUCCAGAAUAUUCUGAAAAGAGAUAUUCCUUGGCCAGAAGGUGAUGAAAAGUUGUCUGAUAAUGCUCAAAGUGCAGUCGAAGCACUUUUAACCAUUGAUGAUACAAUGAGAGCGGGAAUGAAAGAGCUGAAAUGCCACCCUCUCUUCAGUGAUGUGGACUGGGAAAAUCUGCAGCAUCAAACUAUGCCUUUCAUACCCCAACCAGAGGAUGAAACAGAUACAUCCUAUUUUGAAGCCAGGAAUAAUGCUCAACACCUGACUGUAUCUGGAUUUAGCCUAUAGCACAUAUUUUUUUCCUUAAACUUUGUGAUAUCGCAAGCUUAUGUUAUUAUAGACUCCUUAAAUCUAGGUUGAUCUAAGGGGAGAAAAAUCACUGUUUUACCUAGAUCAAUAAAUUGCUAAUGUAUAUUACAGUUUCCACAGAUUAAAAAGCUAUUGAGAAUAUAAUCAGUAAUUUAUCUUUAUCUCAGAAUUGUACAUAGCUCUUCAAAGCACAUUUCUUAUUUUGUUACUGCACUUUAUACAAAUUAAUGCAUCAAUAAAACUAUGACAUUACCACAUUAGAGAAAAAGUGAGCCAUGAACUUGAUUUCCUUUCUCAUCUGUUGAACACCUUUCAGUUAGGGGUUAAAAUGACGGAAAAAUCAUAGUUUUAUUUUGAUGUAAUUUAUUUAUACAUGAUUACCCACAAAAGCUAUAGUCUUAAGGGCAGACAUUUAAGGCUACAAUUUUGAUCUCAAACAUGCAGCUAGAAAACUCCUUUGGGAAAUGAGGAAUAAAUAAAAGGACUAAGGUUCUGAUUACUUUAGUAUGGAUACAGUUUUGCUGCCUUGACCCUUUAGACCCAUUAGAGUGAAAGAUAGACCAUUCUAAUUUUAGUAUAUGUGCUGCCGAAGCGAGCACAAAGAUAGACCAUUCUAAUCAAUGCCAAAUAAUUGAAUCUCCAUGGCUUAGUUUUACUGAGCUUGUUUCAGUAAUGACUACUUACUAGAUUUAAGCUCCUAAGAGUCAUCUCUUCCAAUAAAUUGUUCAAAUUACAGUUGUUAAAGCUUUGUUUAAUAUAAAUGACAACUUUCCCUUAAAUUAGGUAAAAUCAGAAUUAUUUAUCACCCUUUUAAUGGUAUUUUCAAGUAGUAGAAAGAAUAGUGGCUUUGGAAUCAAACACGUGGCUUAAAUGGUGCUCUGCCACAUUAAAAGGUCUUUUCAAGUAGUAGAAAGAAUAGUGGCUUUGGAAUCAAACACGUGGCUUAAAUGGUGCUCUGCCACAUUAAAAGGUCUUGGGUGGGUUAAACUGAGCUGCUAAUUGUUUACCAGUAUGAUGAGGAUUAAAGAGUUCCUUAAUGGAAUUGUUCAGGAUACCAGUCUUCUCAGGGACUUGAAGCAUUACUGAAUAAUUGGGGGAAAUGUACAGUAAUCCUAAUCCCAAUGCAGGAAACUGUGUCCUUAAAUAGAAAAGUUAAAAACAGUUUUCUGUAUUAGACCUAAUGUGUAGCUAGUCACCUGGAAUUUUGCAUGCUGUAAUGGUGUUUACUCAAAAUGUGUGUGCAUACACUUUAAAAAAAAAAACAUUUGACUGCUUCUGUCAGAAAUCUGUAUGUCUGUUUCUAUAUACAAUUUGUUAGUAGGAAAAAAUGUCUCUCAUCUCCACUAAAUGUUAAAUUCAUAAAAUGUUUGCAUCUGUUUUCCUCUAACACCUCUGUCAGAAUUAGAUGAGCGCAAACAUAAAAGAUGUUUAAUAAAUGAUCAUUAUUUGAUCCUAAGU